GACACUGUGAUGGCGUAUGUGAUCUAUUUUUGGGCGGGCACUGUGUCGUGCGCCAAAUCUCUCAAUUUUCCCAUUUCUCUCAGUUGUCUUCAAUUCGUGUCACGAGAAUUGUCUACCUCGUGAAAAUUGUGUGUCCCAGUCUUUUAAAUUUGUGUUCUCACACAAAAAAGGUGUCAAGGACUUCCCCCACCCCGCCCCAAUUGCACCUGGAUUGGCACAACAAGAGACAACUUCAAACGACACCUUUUUGGCCCCACCGGAAUUCCGGAAAAAUCUGAAAAUUGAAAAGAAACCAACCCAGUUUCAACAAAGACAAUGAAUAUUUGGAAACUUCAGGAUUUCAUGAGGAAUUCCCCAUUUCGUGGUCCAAUUGGCCAUGGAAGCUGCGAUGGUGCCUCUGCAUCAGCCGAAGGGGAUUCAUGUGAAUUUGGAUCUGGUCACUAUUUUGCCCUAUGUGGCCUAGGUGGUAUCAUAUCAUGUGGCCUAACCCAUACAAUGGUUGUACCAUUGGAUCUUGUUAAAUGUCGCAUGCAAGUGGAUCCAGUAAAGUACAAAUCAGUAUUCAAUGGAUUCUCCGUUACUCUGGCCGAAGAUGGCAUUAAGGGAUUGAGUAAGGGAUGGGCACCAACGUUCUUUGGCUACAGCAUGCAGGGUUUAUGCAAAUUUGGCCUCUAUGAAGUAUUCAAAGUAGCCUAUUCCAAUGCCAUUGGAGAAGAAAAUUCCUAUUUAUGGCGUACAUCAUUGUACCUAGCUGCAUCAGCAUCAGCUGAAUUCUUUGCUGACAUCGCCCUAUCACCAAUGGAAGCAGCUAAGGUUCGUAUUCAGACAAUGCCAGGCUAUGCUGAUACCCUACGUCAGGCUCUACCGAAGAUGAUGAAGGACGAAGGUAUGGCAGCUUUCUAUAAAGGUCUAGUACCACUUUGGAUGCGUCAAAUCCCCUAUACAAUGAUGAAAUUUGCCUGUUUCGAACGUACCCUUGAACUCCUCUACAAGUACGUCGUACCAAAACCAAGGGCUGAAUGUACAAAAGGUGAACAACUUAUUGUGACAUUUGCUGCUGGUUACAUUGCUGGUGUCUUCUGUGCCAUUGUCAGUCAUCCGGCUGAUACAGUUGUGAGUAAAUUGAAUCAGGAAAAGGGAUCAACGGCCUUCGAAGUGGCCAAAAAACUUGGUUUUGCCGGACUUUGGAAGGGUCUACUGCCAAGAAUUGUCAUGAUUGGUACCCUAACAGCUGCUCAAUGGUUCAUCUAUGAUGCAGUCAAAGUCUGGCUCCGAAUGCCCCGACCACCGCCACCGGAAAUGCCAGAAUCACUCAAGAAGAAACUCGAAGCCAAAAAGGCAUAGGCCACACAAUUAAACUUGUACUUCUUUUUCUCUCAAUUAGGAUCAAAUUGUCCCUUGUACCCUAUCAAAGACGGUUCUAUUUUUCUUUUUUUUGCUUUAGAAAUCAUCUCGAAAUAAAGAGAAUCUACUAUAUUUUGUGAAAAAAAUAAA